UUGCAGUUAGUCGACUUUCUGUCAUGGAUCAUUUUAAUCAUAUUCUUGCUGGUGGUCCUCUUUAUGGUGUACCAAAUUGCUCAACUGAGCAAUGACAAGCAAGAGACUGGUAAUCCAGUCGAAACAGCCGAUGAGCCUCCAUUGGAAAAUGAUCCUGUUCAGAUGGAGUUCGUCCCGGUCCUGUUAUGGAUUAUUUACAGCAUCAUACCUUUGUUACUGAUCCUCUGUGUGAUAUUGUACCUAUAUUGUCAACCGGGAAAUAUACAAGAGACUGGUAAUCCAGUUGAAACAGCUGAGGGUGAACCGGAUAAACUUCUGCAAUAUCCUACUCAGGAAACGCAAGAACCAGGGGUCCAUCCAAGUAUGAAAUUCAAUGUUUUCUUAGAAAAUGAGAGGGAAAGGUUUUUGGCCACGCAAGCGAAUCAUGAACGCUAUGAGUGGGAAGCCCAAGAGGAAGAUAGCGAAGUCGAAGAGGAAAACAGAGACACUGAUGAAGAAAGGGAAGAGCCAGCUCAAGAGUUACUUGCCUAUGCAAGUCAAGUGGUUAGUAAUAACAGUGAACUCGUCAAG